AGGAUGCAACCAUGCUGAUGUCAGAAGAGCGCAAUCCAACAGUUUCUCUCAUUGCCCCUAUAAAUGCACAACUUCUCCAGAGCAUGACAGACACGAUGGGAGACACACCCAUGAUCCAUGAGAUCAAGAAUUCUAUUAGAACAGAUCUCCAGAAGAGGUACAGCAGUGAGGCCGAGAAGAAGAUCCUUCAUACAGCCUCUGCACUGGAUCCUCGCUUUAAGGGACUGCCUUUCAUCCUCACAGAUGAAGAAAGAUUGGAGAUAUUUAAAGGAGUCACUGAGGAAGCUGCAUCCUUGGAGAUUACAUCAGAUGAGAGUGAGAGGACACAAGAGGAUCAUCAAGUGCCUAGAAGAAAACAAACUCUGGAAGAAGAGGACAGUUCACCCAUCGAAGACAACCAUUCUCCACCAUCUCCUCCCAAAAAGGCCAGAUCGCUGCUCGUGAGUUUGCUGGGACAGUCUUUCACUGACACUGAAGGUACAAUAGAACCCAAAAAGACCCCCUAUGCCAAGGCUGAAGAGGAAAUGGAAAACUAUUGUAAAGCCCCACCUCUGCCUCUCACUGAGGACCCUUUGAACUGGUGGCGUGAGCAUGAGGUCAUAUUUCCCCUCCUUUCUCGGCUGUCAAAGCAAUACUUGUGUAUCCCAGGUACAAGCGUGUCUGCAGAGCGGGUUUUCUCCACUGCAGGAGAUGUGGUAACUGCAAAAAGAAGCGCCCUCAAACCAGACCAUGUAGAUCAAUUGGUGUUCUUACAGAAAAAUCUACAUGUUCCCAAAUGCUGAGCAGUGUUUUUAAUUUUAUAGAUUUUGUUUAUAGCAUUGUCUCUGCCACUGAAAUUUUUUAUUUCUCUGUCUCCCCUGCCAG